GCCAGCUUCUGUCUGUUCCCAACGAUUCCCAGUCAAGAUGGCGGCUCGGGGAAGCGCCGUGUGUCGCCUCGGGAGCUUUGCGGUGAAACCGGGAGGCCGGCUCUUCUCUCAAAGCCAGAGCGUUGCCGCUGCUUGCACCGCGGAACAGCUGGCGGAGAAAAUACGUGCGCAGAAGCAACAAAAAACACCGAAGCAGGAAGUUCCAAAAGAUCCAGUGCUGAGGCGUGUACAAGAACUUGUCCAGCUCACCCAACAGCUUCAGCGGGUUCAUCCUAAUGUAUUGGCCAAAGCACUCAAACAGGGAAUCCUGUACCAGAAUAAAGAGAUUGUGGUGAUUAAUAAGCCAUAUGGUCUUCCCGUACAUGGUGGUCCUGGGGUUAAAAUUUGUAUCACAGAUGUGCUGCCAAUCCUGGCAAAGAUGCUGGAUGGCAUGAACGCCAAACCCCUGCACCUUUGUCACCGGCUAGACAAAGAGACCACGGGCGUGAUGGUGCUGGCGCGGGACCAGGACACUGCAGACAGAAUCCACCAUUUCUUCAGAACCCGACAAGUGGAAAAAAAAUACUGGGCCAUCUGCAUUGGAGAACCAGAGUCCCCAGAUGGGCUGGUGAACAUUCCCAUUAUGGAGAAAGAAGUGGAAAGCCACCAGUCGCAUUUCAAAAUGACAGUUGCUCCCAACUAUCGCGUUUCCCAUGAGGAUGGGAAAAUGUUCAAAAUACGGCAGCAUAGAGAUGCCCAGAAGGCUGUGACCCGCUACCGAAUUCUGAGCAGUGCUUCUUCUUGUUCCUUACUUGAACUUCAGCCCGUCACAGGAGUGAAACAUCAGCUCCGAGUCCAUUUGGCCUAUGGCUUGGGCUGUCCAAUCCUUGGGGACCACAAGUACUCACACUGGAGCAAGUUGGCACCACAGGUAAGAGAUACAUGA